GUCGUCUUGCUCCGGAAGGACGGAGGAGGCGCACCAAGCUUUUCAUCAGAUCUCGCCGCCCACCCGCACCGGCAGGCAGGCAGGCAGGCUCCAUCGGCAUCUUCGCGCACCCGUGAGAACUCUUCCGCGGGUGGAGGUCGCGUCCGAUGAACUCGAGGAGGGACUUCCGCAGCCAUAGAGCUGCUUUAUUUGAUGGCAUUGAAGAAGGUGGGGUGAGAGCUCCAGCUUAUUCUUCUCGUGAAAUUCAUGAGCAUGAGAAUGAUCAAGCUAUGGACAGUUUGCACGAUAGGGUCAGCAUUCUCAAAAGAUUGACUGGUGAUAUACAUGAAGAAGUGGAGAAUCAUAACCGGAUGCUGGAUAGAAUGGGUAAUGAUAUGGACGCUUCGAGAGGAUUUCUUUCCGGGACGGUGGACAAGUUCAAGAUGGUUUUCGAGACGAAAUCAAGCCGCAGGAUGGCAACCAUGGUGGCGUCCUUCAUUGCUGUCUUCUUGCUCAUAUACUACCUUACCAAGUAGCAGCAUGGCUGUUCUGGCUUUAAGGUUGCAGCCCCCCCUGUGUGUCGCUGCGUGUGAUGAUGUAUAUUGCCUGAUUGUAUGGUCCCAUUUUUUCACACUUGAUGACCAGAGCGUUGGUUCUCAAAAGAAACGGAGCAUUGGUGGAUUUGGGGAUUGUGAGGUGAUGUGUGCAGUGUGCUGCUGUGAUCUAAUCCCUCACAUGGUGUUUUCCAGAUAUACAUGGGUGUACAUCGCUGAAGCCACCUGGGGCUGGUAAAUGUUGCGUAACUUUGUGAACCGCAAAAGAUAUGCGAUGACUUACCAUCGUUGUUGCCGCAUUUGUACCAAAUUCUUUCUGUUUUUUUA